ACACACAGGGAGCUGCAGCUCUUGCACUUUUGGCUCUUCCUGGCCAUCUACUUGGCUGCCCUCCUGGGAAACAGCCUCAUCAUCACUGUCAUAGCCUGUGACCACCGCCUCCACACCCCCACGUACUUCUUCCUCCUCAACCUCUCUGUUCUGGACCUUGGCUUCAUUUCCACCAUGGUCCCAAAAGCCAUGGCCAAUUCCCUCUGGAACAACAGGGCCAUCUCCUACUCAGGAUGUGUUACCCAGCUCUUUCUUUUUUCCUUCUUCGCAAUAGCAGAGUAUGCUCUUCUCACAGUCAUGGCCUAUGACCGCUACGUGGCCAUCUGCAAACCCCUGCACUACGGGACCCUCCUGGGCAGCAGA